CAGCGCAGGGUGCCGAGCCCCGACCGAGAUGCCGCGCGCCCCCAGCCGCCGCGCCCGGACGCCCCCCGGAGCCGGGGCGUCCCCGCUGCCGCCGCUGCUGCUGCUGCUCGGAUGCUGCGCGGGCGCCUGCCGAGGUGCCCCACUAUUACCUCAAGGAUUACAGCCUGAACAAGAACUCCAAUUGUGGAAUGAGCUAGAUGAAGUCUGUUCAUCUUUCCUGUCCCUUAACUCCCAGCUGCAGACUUCCAAAGCAUUGGAGGAGUUUUGCUUCACAAUUCUGGGAACUCCACCCAGGCCCCAGCAAGAAACAGAUGAAAAAGAUAAUACCAAAAGGUUCUUAUUUCAUUAUUCGAAGACACAGAAGCUGGGCAAUUCAAAUGUUGUGUCGUCUGUCCUGCAUCCUUUGCUGCAGCUCAUUCCUCAACUGCACGAGAGAAGAAUGAAGAGAGUCAAAAUGAGUGGUAAAUUCCAGAUUCCUUUUGGAAAGCCAAUUCCAAGUUUCUUCAGGUUCAAGCCACGCAAUGGGAGACGAUCAGAAGCUUACAUUUAAGCCGGAUACCGAAUCUUUUCCGCAGUAGCAACACCACAGGAUAUAAAAUGUUCUUAGAGUUUGUUUUCUUAUCAAAAAUAAUCCUUAUGUUUGAUGUGUUUGAGAAUUCCUGAGUUGUAAACAUUCUUUGUAAAAAUUUG